AUCUCUAUUUUGCGUUUUUAUUAGAUUGUUGGUUCUAUUCUUCUAGGGUUUUAUUUCCUUCCCUCCGCUCCUUCUAAAGCUCUCGAGCUGAGCUGAGCUGAGCUUCUCCGGGAUUCCCAGAUCGGAAAACUCGAAAAACCGCCGUCUGCAUCUUCAGGGAGAGAUAGUUAAAGAAGACUCUGUUCACUAGUCAUCAUGAGUGCUCACAGGACUCCUAAAACAGGGAGGCAAUCUCUCCUCUUUCAAGAUUUAGCUUCUCCCGUCUCAGCGCGCCGCGGAAAGUUCUCAACCCCGGGGCAAGCAGCUGCUGUAUCUGCACUAUGGCGUGAGAAUCUCGGAGGCUCCGAUCUUCCGCCGCCUCCGAUGUAUACUCUCGAUGACCGGUCUGAUUUCUCUCCGGAGUCUGGCAUUGCAGACUACUCAGCGUCUCCGGAUGUCAAAUCCGAGAGACGGACGCCUUUCCAGAGCUCUGGGAAGAACGUUGUGACUCCCGGUAAAGGGAAGUUGGAAGCGAGUCCGUCUUUUUCGCUGCUGAGUGGGCAGCAGCAGAGUCAGCAGGUUUCCGGGAGUCCGAGUUGGUGGUCGCAGUCGAAGGGAGGUGGGAGUAGUGCGGAGCAGGAGGAUAAAGGGAAGGGGUCUCCUGUUGAAGGGGUGGUUCAGCCAGGUGCUUUGGUUACUCUUCCGCCACCGAGGGAAGUUGCUAGGCCUGAGGUUCAGAGGCAGGUUAUACCCACAGGGAAUGUUCAGGAGGAAGAGUGGGUCACUGUCUAUGGGUUUCCUCCAAGUGAUACAAAUUUGGUACUAAGAGAGUUUGAAAAGUGUGGUAUGAUCGUGAAACAUGUUCCGGGUCCAAGGAAUGCCAACUGGAUGCACAUUCUCUACCAGAACCGGUCUGACGCACAGAAGGCCCUGAGCAAAACCGGGAUGAUGAUAAACGGAGUGGUAAUAGUAGGUGUAAAGCCAGUAGACCCGAUACAGAGACAAGCUUUAAACGAAAGACUGAACAACCAAGGAUUCAUGCCUUUACCUCCACCAUCAUCCACCAGAGACACCGAGUUCAACGCAGCUAGGGGGGCCUCCUCUCGUCCUCACUACUUGCAAAACGGAAGCGCCUUCUCCCCUCAACCAAAUGGAGGUGCCAUGGCCGUUCCAUCAAAGUCGAUGGUCUCAAAGUUCGUCGACCUGAUGUUCGGUGUUUAAGGCCUGCUCUCCUUCGAAAUUGGCAUUUCACCAGUGAUAACUUCCCAUCCACAGAUAUUUCAUGUUUUUGUGAGCAAAAUGAGUGCUUAGGUAAAUUCAGAGCGUGAUCAAAAAUUCAAAUUGUGUCUUUGUAUUGACGACAGCUAUAACUGGUAUAAAUCCGAUAUUUUAAAAAAAAAAUCAUUUUUAGCAGUUUAAA